GAGACGCGAGCUUCAGAAUCAGCGGGAGAAGAGCCGGAAGGAGGACCACAGUUUACUGGAAGAGGAGGAGGAGGAGGAGCAGCACAGCUUCGCCAUCUACAUCAUCAACAAUGCCGGUGAUAUCCAUGAUUUCUACGAUGUGGAGGAGGAGAAGAUCGGCGAGGGCUCCUUUGGACGUGUGGUAAAGUGCACCAACCUCUCCACUGGCGCAGAGCGGGCAGUGAAGAUGCUGCGGAAGGUCAGAAGGAAGUCCCAGCUCGUGAUGUUCCAGAACGAGCUCUCCACGCUGAAGAUGCUGGAUCAUCCUCAUAUCGUCAAGCUGUAUGAGCACUUCGAGGAUCGGAAGUUCAUGUACAUCGUCAUGGAGUACUGCAAGGGCGGGGAGCUCUUCGACCGGUUGCUGGAAGCGGGCCACUUCACCGAAGGCCAAGCGGCAAUUAUCAUGCAGCAGAUCUUCCGUGGGGUGUACUACUUGCACACCAUGAAGGUUGUCCACCGAGACCUGAAGAUCGAGAACUUCAUGUUCGCGGGCGACGGUCCCAUCGAGGCCAACAUGAUCAAGAUCAUCGACUUCGGUUUCGCCAGAUCCUUCAAGGAGGGCGAGACGAUGAAGACGAAGGUUGGUGCGCCAUACUUCGUCUCGCCGCAGAUACUUGCUGGGAAGUACACUGAGGCGACGGACAUGUGGACCUGUGGCACCGUGAUGUACAUCCUCCUGUGUGGCUACCCGCCCUUCUUCGGGGACUCGGAUGCGGAGAUCUUGACUCGCGUGCGUGGUGGGAUGUUUAGCUUCAAUGAUGCAGACUGGCGGCACGUGACGGAGCUGGCCAAGGAUCUCAUCCGUGGCCUGCUGCGCAUGAGCGAGGUGGAGCGGAUCACCGCCAAGCAGGCUCUGUUCGACACCUGGAUCGUGCAGACAGCACCCGUUCUUCGCGCGCCGCUGAAGCAAAAAUACUUCGAGAACAUGAGGAAGUACUGCUCGUUCAACAAGUUCAAGCAGGCCAGCCUGCAGAUCAUCGUCUCCCAGCUCGAGCCUGAGAUCCUGAAGCCUUUGAUCGACACCUUCAUGUGGCUCGACUCCUCGGGCGAAGGCCACAUCGAUGCCGAUGAGAUCGAAGCAGGCAUGAAGCGAGCCGGCUGGACGGAGGUGGAGAUGCCAGAAGACUUGCACGAAAUGGUGUCCAGUUUGGAUGCCGAUGGAAGUGGCGAAAUCGGUCUCGGCGAGUUUGUGGCCUCGGUGUUGGACCUGCAGGUCUACGCGAGAGAAGAGGUCUGCUGGGCGGUCUUCCGCAUCUACGACCAGGACGGGGAUGGGCAGAUUGGCGUGACGGAUCUGAUGGACAUCCUCAACAAUGGGCAGCCAGACGGUCAAGAGGUCGUGUCGGCACAUGAGUGCCGUGACCUUCUGAAGGAUGCAGAUGAGGACGGCGAUCGGCGGAUCAGCUUUCUGGAGUUCCUGAACAUGAUGAAGGGAACGACGGAUCUCUCCAAGGUCAAGAAGGAGAAGGACCAGAAGAAGAGCGCCAAGCUGGAGGCUGCGCUCCAGGCGGGCGAGGACGCAGCUGCACAACUUCUGGAUGUUACGAACGAGGACGGCGAGCCUCCGACCAACGUCGAGGCACCCGAGCUUUCGGAGAAGCCAUUGGAGGAAGCUGAUGGAAUGGAGCUCCCCGCGACGGAGACGGCAGCGCAGGAGGAGCCGCCAGUUCGCUCUCUGGGCUCCGACGCGGCGGCAAACUCUGUCGACAAUGCAGCGGAGUCGGCGUCUCAAUCGGCCGAGGGUGACUCGCUGAACCGGGGCUCUCAAGAACUGGCGUUGCCCGCCCUGCCGGCAGAGCAUGACAGGAGGGACUCUGCGAGUGCCUCGGAGCCGCCUGGGUCAGAGGCGAAGGCAAAGAAGGACAAGAAGGAGAAGAAAGAGAAGAAGGCGAAGAAGGAAAAAGCUACUACAGAGGCGCCCCUCGGAGAAGCCGAGGCUGCAGAGGCGGCCGCACAAGUAUGA